AUGUUCAGAAGAUUGCUUCUUGUUUCUACGGUGAUCGCAUGUGUUGGAGCCCAGUUUGCGCAACAGCGUCAGCCUGUUCAGGCACUUCCCGCCAAUGUGCAAGCGGCGCCAGCGGAACAGUCGAUGGAUGGCAUCCCGGCGUGGUAUCAGAUGUCGAAGCAAGCUAGACCGCAGACUGUGCCACAAGCAGCUCCGGCGUAUUAUGAGCGUAUGGAGCCAACUUAUGAGACAAGACGUGAACAACCAACGUAUGAGAGACCCGGAAUUCAGAGCAAUCAUUUUGCAAACUAUCCGUCGUAUCAGAAUCGUCAACCAUACGAGAAUCUGAAUGCAUUGACGUCAGGAGCUUCACUCAAUCAACUACAAAAUCGCCGAUUCCCAUCCGCGAACGGAGGCCAAUCAGCUAGUGGAACCGACAUGAACUAUUCGUCAGCUCUCAAACGAUAUCAUAAGCUUCUUUUGAGAAGAAAACCAUGGUCUACUAAGAUUCCAAGAAUUUUGGCUUCAACAACACCAAAACCAAUUCCACGACGAAUCACACCAAAAAGCACUGUCAAGACGACCACUGAGCCAACCACAACCACCACAACUCAAAAAAUGCCAAAGAGCUUGAAGAGCAUUUAUUCAACAAUUCUUCCUCAUCCUAAGGUCGAAUCUACAACUAGAAGCGGGUGGAAAAUGUGGAAGAAAGUUACCCACAAAGGAUCGACUAGCGAAAUUCCAACAACCAUCGCUACUAGCACAACAACUACCUCAACGGGAUCACCAACGACUAAAGAAGAGCAUUCUACCACCCCCGCUACUAUGGUUGUUGAAGAGACUUCAACAACUCCAACAACAAAAACCACAGAAAAGCUAGUUGGAAGUACUGAAGCCAGUACGACGACAACAACCACAGAAAUAACGACCACCGAGGAUCUCCCGACGACACGAGAAGGAACGAAACCACCAAGGUAUAUAUGCCGGCAUAGUGCCGACUCGAACGAGCGCGAUUUGUUCCGCGAACGAAGACCUCUUACCACGAUUGGUCCGUUUAGGCCAAUAAUCGUCGGCAACAGUUGGAAGCCUUUGAAAUUUAAAAAACCCUCCACGGAGAAUUCGACCGCUGCGCCGAUGACGACGCGCAAUCCGAAAGGCAUGUUGCUUCUCGAAUAUCUUUUGAAACAGACUGACAUUUUUGCGAGAGAUUUGCAAAAAGCGUUUGACGGUCCGAACACUGAACUUCUUGCUGCAAUCAAAGAUGUUGUCGCAAAGUUUAAGGCAAGCCUCGAUGAAGCUGGAAUUGACCAAGACGUAAGAUUGAUGAGCAAUCAGCUUCGCAACACAUGGCAGCAACUGAGGACAGGCAUCGAUCGCGGUGUGAAAGCCGUCCGACAAAGUGCUGAGAACUCGGUGACCCAUCUCAACUAUGGUCCGCAACUGCAACGACAGCCUCCGCACAUUCCAUAUCAACAUCAUCAAGCUGCGUUUCCUGGUCCAAUGAAUGAACAACUCGGGCGUUUGUUCGAGAAGGCUGCUGCCGAUGCAGCAGAUCAGAAGCAGCAACAACAACAUCAAAAGAUGGCUUCGUUGCAGUAA